AUGAGCUGGCUGGGCAGUGCUGCUGUGGUGUUCAGGCCGACGGCUACGGCUGAUUACUCUACGGGGUCGACGUAUGUGGCGGCCACCCCUGGUGAUGUUACGACGUCGACGACAUCUGAUAAGCUGAAGCACGGUGGAGAGGUCACUUGGGACUACACUAAGAAGGGUGGCAAGAAGGUUGGAGGGUGGAUGAAGGACGGCUAUGGUGCUGCCAAGAGGAAGUGGGGGUAG